CUUUGAGCCGGAACCGCCGGUGAACUUGGGCGCCACGUUCCCGGUGACUGACCCCGGAGGAUGGUGAACAGGAACUACUGCUGACCCUGUCUUCGUCGCUGCCUCUCCGGGGCUGCCGAGCGCGGGGCCCCCGUCUCCUCCCCUUGCCCGGCUGUGGGUGAACCUGCAGGCUCCUUACCCACCCGGAGGACUUUUUUUUGAAAGGAAACGAGGGAGGGAGGGAGAGGGAGAGAGGGAGAAAACGAAGGGGAGCUCGUCCAUCCACUGAAGCACAGUUCACUAUGAUCUUACUCACAUUCAGCACUGGAAGACGGUUGGAUUUCGUGCAUCAUUCGGGGGUGUUUUUCUUGCAAACCUUGCUUUGGAUUUUAUGUGCUACAGUCUGCGGAACGGAGCAGUAUUUCAAUGUGGAGGUUUGGUUACAAAAGUACGGCUACCUUCCACCGACUGACCCCAGAAUGUCAGUGCUGCGCUCUGCAGAGACCAUGCAGUCUGCCCUAGCUGCCAUGCAGCAGUUCUAUGGCAUUAACAUGACAGGAAAAGUGGACAGAAACACAAUUGACUGGAUGAAGAAGCCCCGAUGCGGUGUACCUGACCAGACAAGGGGUAGCUCCAAAUUUCAUAUUCGUCGAAAGCGAUAUGCAUUGACAGGACAGAAAUGGCAGCACAAGCACAUCACUUACAGUAUAAAGAACGUAACUCCAAAAGUAGGAGACCCUGAGACUCGUAAAGCUAUUCGCCGUGCCUUUGAUGUGUGGCAGAAUGUAACUCCUCUGACAUUUGAAGAAGUUCCCUACAGUGAAUUAGAAAAUGGCAAACGUGAUGUGGAUAUAACCAUUAUUUUUGCAUCUGGUUUCCAUGGGGACAGUUCUCCCUUUGAUGGAGAGGGAGGAUUUUUAGCACAUGCCUACUUCCCUGGACCAGGAAUUGGAGGAGAUACUCAUUUUGACUCAGAUGAGCCAUGGACACUAGGAAAUCCUAAUCAUGAUGGAAAUGACUUAUUUCUUGUGGCAGUUCAUGAACUGGGACAUGCUCUGGGAUUGGAGCAUUCCAAUGACCCCACUGCCAUCAUGGCUCCAUUUUACCAGUACAUGGAAACAGACAACUUCAAACUACCUAAUGAUGAUUUGCAGGGCAUCCAGAAGAUAUAUGGUCCACCUGACAAGAUUCCUCCACCUACAAGACCUCUACCAACAGUGCCCCCUCACCGCUCUAUUCCUCCGGCUGACCCAAGGAAGAAUGACAGACCAAAACCUCCUAGGCCUCCCACCGGCAGACCCUCCUAUCCUGGAGCCAAACCCAACAUCUGUGAUGGGAACUUUAACACUCUAGCUAUUCUUCGCCGUGAGAUGUUUGUUUUCAAGGACCAGUGGUUUUGGCGAGUGAGAAACAACAGGGUGAUGGAUGGAUACCCAAUGCAAAUUACUUACUUCUGGCGGGGCCUGCCUCCUAGUAUCGAUGCAGUUUAUGAAAAUAGCGAUGGGAAUUUUGUGUUCUUCAAAGGUAACAAAUAUUGGGUGUUCAAGGAUACAACUCUUCAACCUGGUUACCCUCAUGACUUGAUAACCCUUGGAAGUGGAAUUCCCCCUCAUGGUAUUGAUUCAGCCAUUUGGUGGGAGGACGUUGGGAAAACCUAUUUCUUCAAGGGAGACAGAUAUUGGAGAUAUAGUGAAGAAAUGAAAACAAUGGACCCUGGCUAUCCCAAGCCAAUCACAGUCUGGAAAGGGAUCCCUGAAUCUCCUCAGGGAGCAUUUGUACACAAAGAAAAUGGCUUUACGUAUUUCUACAAAGGAAAGGAGUAUUGGAAAUUCAACAACCAGAUACUCAAGGUAGAACCUGGAUAUCCAAGAUCCAUCCUCAAGGAUUUUAUGGGCUGUGAUGGACCAACAGACAGAGUUAAAGAAGGACACAGCCCACCAGAUGAUGUAGACAUUGUCAUCAAACUGGACAACACAGCCAGCACUGUGAAAGCCAUAGCUAUUGUCAUUCCCUGCAUCUUGGCCUUAUGCCUCCUUGUAUUGGUUUACACUGUGUUCCAGUUCAAGAGGAAAGGAACACCCCGCCACAUACUGUACUGUAAACGCUCUAUGCAAGAGUGGGUGUGAUGUAGGGUUUUUUUCUUCUUUCUUUCUUUUGCAGGAGUUUGUGGUAACUUGAGAUUCAAGACAAGAGCUGUUAUGCUGUUUCCUAGCUAGGAGCAGGCUUGUGGCAGCCUGAUUCGGGGCUGACCUUUCAAACCCAGAGGGUUGCUGGUCCUGCACAUGAGUGGAAAUGCACUCAUGGGGAAGCUUCCAUGAUGCACAGUAUCUGCUGUUCUUCAGUCCUUUGUCUUUCUUUGUCAUUCAGUUCUAGGCCUUUCCUCUGCACGCUCAAUGCCCAGUAAAAUUUCAGGAUUAACUAAAGAAGAGGAGAAAAAGAAGAAAAGAUUCUUCUUAAAAGUUUCUAAUGUUAUUUUCCUUCUGAAGUCUGAGCCCAUUUCUGGGGGGAGAAAAAAAAAAAAGCAAAUCAGAAAACCCACGAUUUUUCUUUUUUUUUUUUUUUCUUUUGCUUUAAAACAAAGGGAAAAAAGAGUUUAAAAAAAAACCCACAAUUGAACUUCCAGGAAAGUGUGAAGACCCAAAACAGCUUUGUCUCCAAAGAAGAUAGCUCUCUGACUGCUUUGGAUAGUCUCCUACGCACCAUUUUGUCAGGUGGGAGAUUUGGAAUACACAUGCAGGACGUUAGACUGUUGGGACAGCCAUUUUCCAACAACCAAGGGGCCAAAAUAUCUGCAAUAUAGUAACAGCCUUAAUAAUACAUCCAUUUUUCAUUUUAUACAGCUGUUCUCAGCUAUGUCCUCAAUGUUUCAUCGCAUUUAUAUUCAUAGCUAUUUUCAAACACGACCUUUUAAUUGUUUUUGAAGUAUUUCUAAACCCCUUCUUACCACCUUACUCCUCCAUCAUUGUGAUAAUCUUCCCAAGUUGUAUUAGGCCAUUGCCCCAGGCCUUCCAUGGGUCUGUCAGGUAUAUUCAUUAUAAAGCAGAGCAAGAAGCAGUAUAUCUCUGAAGUGGAUUACAGUGACAGUUAUUUUACAAGGAUUUGUGACACUAGUAAUAUACCCGUGUAACCCUUUGAGAACUAUCACACCAGCUUUCAGAGUCUUAGGAUUGUUGGUCUUGUGAUCUGGUAAGUUAUAGAACUGGGCAAUGGUAAAAACAGUCACAGGUUCAAGAAGAUCAGGUUUUAAAAACAUUAUGUCCUAUAAUGUCAUGUAAUUUUUAAAUGAUUUACAAGACUACAUAAAUGUGUUUUUAACAAACAGAAAUGAUGUUACUUGCCAAAAUUUUUCUGGCAAAUAAAAAAGGUAUUUUAUUAAGAAUCUCAUAAGACUGAAAUUUUAUUUGAAAAACUGAUAACAGCCUAAGUCUUCUCUUUUUUUGUUUCAGGCAUACUGAAUUUCUGUUUUAAAAUCCAUUGCAUGAAAAUUCAAUUUGCCUUGGUAUAUGCAGUUAGCAUUGCCAUUUUAAAAAUGAAUUAAAACAAUGACUCUGAAGUUGCAUGAAUAUGCUCCAGUGCAUUACCUAUUGCAUGUCCACCAUAGUUCUCAAAGGGUUAAUGUGGCUUCUGGCAUUUAGCCGUCCAUUUGAUCACUGACAGAGCCAAGAGACCACCAAAGCAUUUCAUUGUUGAGUGUAAUUUGUCCUAACAGCAGUAUUGUCAUUUUCAUGUGACCUGCAGAGCAGGUUUGUAUCAAUAUUUUUUUCCUAGAGAAAAGUCAGCAACUGACAGACCUCUUUAUUGAUUUUUAGGAGCUGCUUCUUGCAGUGAAAGGCUUUACAGCCACUGGGCUGUGAACUUAUUAGAGAUGGUCAGAAUGAAUGCACCCCAUGAGUCAGACAUUGGCUUUGUGUGAAAGCCAGCUUUGAGGGGAUUAGCUUUUGAAACAAUGAACAGCUUGCCUUGAACUUGAUUAUUGAUCUAUUGACUGUCAUUAACAACAACUUAAACAUUGUCUUCUGUGAAAAUUUUCCUUGAAGAGUCCUGUUCUGUGUCUUUGCCCUUUGACCUUUAACUUGCAAACUGGCACAAACUGAAGGAAAUCUGGUGUUGCUUCUCCAUUGGAUUAGUUGUUCUCUAAAAUCUAGUAAGCAUGAGCUGUUUCCUUAGAGUGGAGAGAGUAGUGAUGGCAGAUCUGCAGAUGGACACUUUGCUCUUUACAUGCACACUCUGAAAAUGCCCUAUAGGUAGAAGUGAAUUUUAAUUUCAUUAUAAUAUAAUUUCAAGUCUAAAUUCAUCAUUUUAGUACAAAUUACAAAAAACUAUAGGAAA